GGCUGAGGCAGCCAUGAGUAGUCGAGAGGUGGUCGUUCUGAGUGUGGGAGGUGUGAGGUUUGUAACCCGGGCUUCCACCUUGCAGCAGUUCCCUGAGUCCAGGCUGGCACGCAUGGUGAGUGACGAUGACCAGGAAUUUAAACUGGUGAAUGGAGAGUUUUUUGUGGACAGAGAUGGAGCUUUGUUUAGUUACAUCAUGGACUUCUUGAGGACUCUCCAGGUUUCCUUACCAACUGAUUUCUCAGACUAUCAGAGGCUGCAGAGAGAAGCAGAAUUCUAUGGACUCUACCCCCUGGCCAACCUCCUGAGCCAAGAACAUUUGCUGAAGCCGAGGCUGGAGAUCUUGGAAGUGCGUUUUUCUCUCCAAGAAAUGCAGGCCUUUUUCCGGAUCUUUGGUUCCUGCAGUACCACCAUUGAGGCACUAGCUGAGCAGAUCACUGUGUUUACAGGACAGCAGUCAGGACAGGGCUGGAACAGCCCUUUUCCUUCCCAGAAACCACUUGUUCCACUUCCUUUGGAAAGACCCUCUCAUCAUGAUAUGGUUUUUCUGUGUGGGACUGAGUAUUCUGCUGGUGACCAGUUUGUGGCCAGGUAUGUUUCCAUAAAGCCUGAUAAGAGAAAGCUGAUUAAUGGUACUAACGUGCUAGGCCUGCUGCUUGACACUUUGCUCAAAGAUGGAUUUCGCCUCAUAAGCACCAGGACAGUCCCCAGUGAAGAGAAGGCUGAAUGCUACACUUUUGAAAGGAUGAAGAGGGCAGCAGGCCUUGCCAUCAUGGUGAACCAAACCCCAGGGAGCUCUGGGGUAGCACAGGCAAGGAGAAGCCAAGUACAGAAAGGGAAAUAAGGGCUUUUCCUUCCAUCUUUUGAAUGUAGAAGAGGGAUGUGUCAGCACUAGUGACCUUUUAUUUUUGUUGUUUUGGCAUGUUUGAAACUGCAGCUAUUGAGGGAAGUAACAAACACAUUUUCUUUCAAGUAUUUAGGGGGAAAAAUUGUUUUCUUGCCUUUUACCGAUGUACCUUCUUUAAGUAAAAGAAGCCCAGAUUCAGUACCCGGUUUGUGGA